AUGGCGAGGAAGCUCAGUGUAUUGGAAGUCCUUCUGAUCGUCUUCUGCCUAAUUGUGGUGGCCGUAGAUAUCCUCUUGUUGCUUCUUGUAUUGGAGGAACCUUCAGAUACUUCAUUUACUCCAGAGUGUCCAGAGAUUGACCAAUCGGACAGGAUAGACUGCACACCUGGCCAGGCGGUGACAGAGGAUACCUGCAGAUGGAAAUAUAAGUGCUGCUGGUCGCCUGUGGCAGAUGCCAAUGUCCCUGCCUGCUUCUUCCCCAGGAACUGGGGCUAUGAAGCCAGCAAUGGCCACACAAAUACAAGCACAGGAUUUACUGCUCAGUUGAAAAGGUUGCCAACCCCAUCUCUGUUUGGAAAUGAUGUCGCCACCACCCUUUUCACAGCUGAAUAUCAGACAUCCAAUCGGUUUCAUUUUAAGAUCACUGACUUUAAUAACAUGCGCUAUGAAGUUUCCCAUGAAAAUAUUGAGACAAUUAAUAGCACUCCUAAUGUCACCAAUUUGAGCUAUUACAUGGAGGCUACUGAUAAACCUUUCAGCAUCAAAAUAAUGAGGACAAGCAACGGAAGAGUCUUGUUGGACACGAGCAUUGGGCCCCUCCAGUUUGCCCAGCAGUACCUGCAACUGUCUUUCCGACUGCCCAGUGACAAUGUGUAUGGGCUGGGAGAGCAUGUGCACCAGCAGUACCUUCACAACAUGACCUGGAAGACCUGGCCCAUCUUCACCCGGGAUGCCACCCCCACUGAGGGCAUGAUUAAUCUGUACGGAGCUCAUACAUUCUUCUUAUGCCUUGAAGACACCAGUGGCUCCUCUUUCGGAGUGUUUCUGAUGAACAGUAAUGCCAUGGAGGUUACCCUUCAGCCAGCUCCUGCGAUCACUUACCGCACAAUUGGGGGCGUUCUUGAUUUUUAUGUAUUCCUAGGAAACACUCCAGAACAAGUGGUUCAGGAAUACUUGGAGCUUGUUGGACGGCCAUUCUUGCCUUCCUAUUGGAGUCUUGGGUUCCAGCUUAGUCGCAGGGAUUAUGGUGGCAUCAAUAACUUGAAAGAAGUUGUAAGCCGAAAUCGUUUAGCUGAGAUACCAUAUGAUGUCCAGUACUCUGACAUAGACUACAUGGAUGGAAAGAAGGAUUUCACUGUUGAUGAAGAUGCUUACUCUGGUCUCUCAGAUUUUGUCAAGGAGUUACAUGACAAUGGUCAGAAAUAUCUAAUUAUUAUGAAUCCUGGCAUCGCCAAAGACUCUAGCUACGAGCCUUAUAAUAACGGAAGCAUAAAAAGAGUGUGGAUCAUGGGGAACAAUGGCGCUGCUGUUGGGGAGGGAUAUCCGGGACCCACAGUCUUUCCCGAUUACAGCAAUCCAGAGUGCACCGAGUGGUGGACAGAUCAGGUCCUUAACUUUCAUAAUCGUCUGGAGUUUGAUGGAGUGUGGAUUGAAAUGAAUGAAGUAUCUAGCCUGCGUCAAGCUUCUGAUCAGUGUGAAUCAAACACCUUGAACUUUCCUCCUUUUACUCCUAGAGUUCUGGACCACUUACUAUUUGCAAGAACCCUCUGCAUGGACACGGAAUUUAACGGGGGCCUUCACUAUGACUUCCACAGCUUGUAUGGCUACUCCAUGGCCAGAGCCACAGACUCAGCCCUGAAAAAAAUCUUCAUGGAUAAAAGGAGCUUCAUCUUAUCCCGUUCUACUUUUGCUGGAUCUGGCAAAUUUGCUGCUCACUGGCUGGGGGACAAUGCAGCCACAUGGGAUGACCUCCGAUGGUCUAUACCCAGUAUCCUUGAGUUCAACCUGUUUGGCAUCCCCAUGGUAGGUGCCAACAUCUGUGGUUAUUACAACAGUGUCACAGAGGAGCUCUGCAGAAGGUGGAUGCAGCUUGGAGCGUUUUAUCCACUAUCAAGGAAUCACAAUGGACCUGGGUUCAGGGACCAGGAUCCUGCUGCCUUUGGUGCUGACUCCCUGCUGCUGAAUUCCUCCAGACAUUAUCUGAACAUCCGCUACACCUUACUGCCCUAUCUCUACACCCUUUUCUACCGUGCACACACCCGGGGAGACACGGUAGCGAGGCCCCUUGUACAUGAGUUCUACCAGGACUCAGCCACAUGGGAGUUGCAUGAGCAGUUCUUAUGGGGACCUGGACUCCUCAUCACACCUGUUUUAUAUGAGGGUAUGGACGAAGUGAAAGCAUAUAUACCUGAUGCCACCUGGUAUGACUAUGAGACGCGAGUGGCCAUCCCAUGGAGGAAACAGUUUGUGAAUAUGCUCCUCCCAGGUGAUAAGAUAGGACUUCAUCUUCGAGGGGGCUACAUAUUUCCCACCCAGAAGCCAAACACAACCACAGAAGCCAGCAGGAGGAAUUCCCUCGGACUCAUCAUUGCCUUGGACUAUAAGAGAGAAGCCAAUGGGGAGCUGUACUGGGAUAAUGGGGUAUCUAAAGAUUCUGUAACUGGAAAGCAGUAUAUUCUAUACGAUUUCUCUGUUACCUCUAACCAUCUACAAGCAAAGAUUCUUUUUAAUAAUUAUACGGACACUUACAACCUAAUGUUUACAGAUAUCACAAUCUUGGGAAUGGACAAACAGCCAGCUAAUUUUACUGUCUUGUUGAAUAAUGUCACCAUCUCCAGUCCAAGCGUUGUCUAUAAUUCUUCCACAAAGGUGGUAACCAUCACUGAUCUCCAAGGACUGGUACUGGGACAAGAAUUCUCUAUUAAGUGGAAUCUUCCUGUUGAUGACCUGGAGAAGUUCAAGUGCUACCCUGAUGAUCCAACAGCCUCUGAGGAGAGUUGUAGGCAGCAGGGGUGUCUUUGGGAGCACACAUCUACUCCUGGCGUGCCCACCUGUUACUAUGACACCAUCCCUAAUUAUGUUGCCAGUGACAUUCAGUACCAGUCCACUGGCAUCACUGCAAACCUUUCCUUCCUGAUGGCUUCUGAGUCAGCUGCUGUCACCGCCUCUGAUUCUCUCUCUGCAAAGAUCAGCUUCCUCCGCCUGAGUGUGAUCUGUCACACAGCAAACAUGCUGCAGGUCAAGAUCUAUGACCCCACUAAUAAAAGAUAUGAGGUCCCAGUGCCACUGAACACCCCUCCCCAACCAGAUGAUGACCCUGAAAACCGUCUGUAUGAUGUCAGGAUUCAGAACAAUCCUUUUGGAAUCCAGAUUCAACGCAAAACCUCCAGCACUGUGAUUUGGGAUUCUCAACUCCCCGGCUUCACCUUCAAUAAUACGUUUCUCUCCAUUUCUACACGUCUGCCCUCUCAGUACAUCUAUGGCUUUGGGGAAACUGAGCACACAGCUUUCAGAAGAGACAUGAACUGGAACACCUGGGGGAUGUUUGCUCGUGAUGAGCCACCUGCGUACAACAAGAAUUCCUAUGGGGUCCACCCUUACUACAUGGCACUGGAGGAGGAUGGCAGUGCCCAUGGAGUGCUCCUGCUCAAUAGCAAUGCUAUGGAUGUGACAUUACAGCCCACUCCUGCCUUGACAUACCGCACCACAGGAGGGAUUUUGGACUUUUACAUUGUUUUGGGGCCAACCCCUGAACUUGUAACUCAGCAAUACACAGAGUUGAUCGGUCGACCAGCAAUGAUUCCAUACUGGGCCUUGGGAUUCCAGCUGAGUCGCUAUGGAUACCAGAAUGAUGCUGAAAUCUCCAGUUUAUAUGAUGCAAUGGUGGCAGCCCAGAUUCCCUAUGACGUCCAGCAUGUAGACAUCGAUUACAUGGACCGGAAGCUGGAUUUUACCCUCAGUGCCAGCUUUCAAAACCUCAGUCUCGUGAUUGAGCAAAUGAAGAAAAAUGGCAUGAGAUUUAUUCUCAUUUUGGACCCAGCCAUUUCUGGCAAUGAGACCCAAUAUCUCCCAUUCAUUAGAGGACAGGAAAAUGAUGUGUUCAUCAAAUGGCCUGAGACCAAUGACAUUGUCUGGGGAAAGGUUUGGCCAGAUCUGCCUAAUGUAAAUGUAGAUGGAUCCCUUGACCAUGAAACUCAGGUUAAGCUAUACAGGGCCUACGUUGCUUUUCCUGACUUCUUUCGUAAUAACACAGCUGCAUGGUGGAAGAAAGAGAUAGAAGAGCUCUAUACAAACCCUCGAGAGCCAGAGAAGAGCUUGAAGUUUGAUGGAUUGUGGAUUGAUAUGAAUGAGCCAUCAAACUUUGUGGAUGGAUCCGUCUGGGGCUGCAGAAAUGAAACACUAAAUAACCUACCCUAUGUGCCAUAUUUGGAAUCUAGGGACAGGGGCCUGAGCAACAAGACCCUGUGCAUGGAGAGUCAGCAGAUCCUCCCAGACGGCUCCCCCGUGCAGCACUACAACGUGCACAGCCUAUACGGGUGGUCCCAGACCAGACCCACAUAUGAAGCUGUGCAGAAGGUGACAGGACAGCAAGGGGUUGUCAUCACCCGCUCCACAUUUCCCUCUUCCGGACGCUGGGGAGGACACUGGCUGGGAGACAACAGAGCUGCGUGGGACCAACUGGCGAACUCUAUCAUUGGCAUGAUGGAGUUCAGUCUCUUUGGAAUACCUUAUACAGGAGCAGAUAUCUGUGGGUUCUUUGGAGAUGCUGAAUAUGAGAUGUGUGUUCGCUGGAUGCAACUGGGGGCCUUUUAUCCAUUUUCCAGAAACCACAACAACAUCGGGUCAAGGAGACAAGAUCCUGUGGCCUGGAAUUCAACCUUUGAGAUGUUGUCCAGAAAAGUCCUGGAGACUAGAUACACUCUGCUUCCUUAUCUCUAUACUCUGAUGCAUAAAGCUCACACUGAGGGCAGUACUGUUGUCCGGCCCCUUCUCCAUGAGUUUACGGAUGAUAAGACAACAUGGGAUAUAGACCGUCAGUUCAUGUUGGGCCCUGCCAUCUUAAUCAGCCCUGUGUUGGAACGUAGCACAUUUGAGAUCUCUGCUUAUUUUCCCAAAGCGCUUUGGUAUGACUAUAGCAUGGAAACUAGCAGCAAAUCGAUAGGUGAGUGGAAAAUUCUGGAGGCUCCUCUUGACCACAUCAACCUUCACAUCAGAGGAGGCUACAUUCUGCCCUGGCAAGAGCCUGCAAUGAACACUCACUCCAGUCGACAAAAUUUUAUGGGAUUGAUUGUUGCUUUGGAUGACAAUGGGAAAGCUGAAGGCCAGAUGUUCUGGGAUGAUGGACAAAGCAUUGAUACCUAUGAAAAUGGAAAUUAUUUUUUGGCGAACUUUACAGCAGCUCAGAACAUCUUGCAAAUCCAGACCAUACACAAUAAGUAUUUGAGUGACUCAAAUCCACUAAAAGUUGGAUAUAUUAGAAUCUGGGGUAUGAACUCUACUACCUAUGUGACACAAGUCAGUUUCACCUAUGACGACCAGCAAUUUAUGGAGAGAAAUUUCCAGAGUGACCCUUAUAAACAGACACUAACUAUUCAAUUGACUGACAAGAUUAUCAACCUGGAAAAGUUAACUAAUGUUACUUGGAUUUAUGGUGGUCCUGUCCUUCCUACUCCAACUAAGACAAGUACCAUCCCAACGAGUUCUCAUCCUCCUCCAUCUACUACUAAUGCUACCAGUUCUGAGACUAUCACUGGUUUUGCCAGUGCAAAUACUACCACUGGCACUACUUCUACUGCUCCUAUCACAACCACAACUUUUCCCUAUACUGUUGGUGUUACAACUAGUACUACUGUUCCUGAUACAACUGCUCCUUUCCCAACAAGUACUACCAGUGCUAGGACUAAUGUUACUGUUCCUAUGACAACCACACCUUUUGCAACAAGUACUGUUGGUGUUACAACUAGUACUACUGUUCCUGACACUACUGCUCCUUUCCCUACAAGUACUACCAGUGCUAGCACUAAUGUUACUGUUCCUAUCACAACCACACCUUUUGCAACAAGUACUGUUGGUGUUACAACUAGUACUACUGUUCCUGAUACAACUGCUCCUUUCCCUACAAGUACUACCAGUGCUAGGACUAAUGUUACUGUUCCUAUGACAACCACACCUUUCGCAACAAGUACUGUUAGUGUUACAACUAGUACUACUGUUCCUGACACUACUGCUCCUUUCCCUACAAGUACUACCAGUGCUAGCACUAGUGUUACUACUGUUCCUAUCACAACCACACGUUUUGCAACAAGUACUGUUGGUGUUACAACUAGUACUACUGUUCCUGAUACAACUGCUCCUUUCCCUACAAGUACUACUAGUGCUAGCAGUGUUGCUAAUGUUCCUAUUACAACCAUGCCUUCCCCUACAAAUACUGCUGAUGCUAACACUAGUAAUACUUUUUCUAAUACCACUAUGCCUUCUCCUACAAGUAGUACUACUAUGAGUACCAGAGCUACUGUUUCCAUUUCAAUGACUUCUCUUCUGACAAGUACUGCUGAUGCCACCAUUAGUACUACUGUACUUAUUGCCACUACUCCUUCUCUAGCAAGUACUACUGAUGUUAGCACAAAUACUACUAUUUAUAAUAUAAGUACUCCUCUUCAAACAAGUACUACUAAUGCUAGCACUACUAAUGUUGCUAAUAUAACCACUACCUCUUAUACAAGUACUGAUGAUACUGUUCCAAUUACUACUAUUCCUUCUCUUGCAAAUACUGGUGUUGAUACUAGUAGUAAUAGUUUUUCUAUUAUGACCACUUCUUCCUCUGAAAGUAUUAAUGCUACAAACACUACUCUUAUGGUAACUACUUCUCCUGCAAGCACUGAUGUUGCUAGUACAAAUAAUGAAGCUUCUGUGACAAAUUCUCUUUUACCUACAAUGUCUGCUGGUGAUAGAACUAGUAAUAGUAUUUCCAUAUCAACUACUUCUUCUGGUAAUAUUGUUCCUAUUGUGACUACUCCUUCUCCAAGUACUGAUCCUAAUAGUACAGGUAAAAAUACUAUUCCUGGCAUAACUACUUAUUACCAAACUUCUCUCACCACUCCUACCCACACUCUUACUUCUAUUCCUAGCUCUACUACUCCUAUUUUGAGCAUGUUUCCAACAAGUAAUACAUUUACUACUGAUAAAAUUACUAAUUUUACUACCCCUAGAAAUGCAAACACCAUUAUUUUCAACACUCUUGAUACAAAAAGUGCCAUGAUAAUGGAUGCUACAGUUGCUACUACCAGCACCAAAGAUAAUACCAUGAGUCCAGAUACAACAGUUACUUCCACAGACAAAUUCACUACACACAUCACACAGUUCACUGCUCCCCAUUCUGCUACUACUACAACUCUAGGCUUAAGCCACACAUCAUUAGCUCCUACAAAUCUUCCUAGUCUAGGCACAGUAAAUAUUACUGAUGCAGAUAACUCUAACACUGUAACAGGUAACACCACACACAUUUCUGUUUCAAAUAUCACAAUACCCUCAGACACAAUAACAACUACUGGUCUACAUUUAGAAACUUCCCAUAUGGUAACAACAAAUUCUACUACUGAGGAGUAGUGGCUAGUUAUUUACCUAUUACUGCAAACUAGUGCUACCACAGGUACUGCAAAUAUUACCAAAUAUGCUUUAAAUACUACCACGCCUAAUAGCACAAUACGUACCUCUAGUACUGCACCUACUUAUAUUGCAAAUGCCAUAAGUGCUACUCUAGUUCCAUGA